GAGAACGUGUGGGCGGCUAGCGUGGGCGCCUAGCUUAUAAAGCUCCGCGACCCAGCCUGCCUGAAUAGUCGUGUUCCGACCUUUGUAUGCAAACGUGAACAGUGCGAUAUGUGCAAUCUUCCUACAGGAUUAAGGAUGUGGGUGGUUUUCUUUUGCUAUUUGUUAGCAGAAGCAAAGACCUAUCCUAUGCAAGGAUGGCCAGUAUACGCACAAGAUCUUCGAGAUUACCAUGAUGACGAUUACUACUAUGCUCCUAAAGUUCAAUAUUUCUACGACACACCAGCAAUGAAUCCCCCGGAAGUUUAUGGUCAAGUUCCUUAUACGUACAUGUACGAUCCAUAUGGACAUUUCUCAAAUGAUGCACCGAAAAUAGAAGAAGAAAGAUUUUCAGCAUUACCCAUUGGACAAGAAACAUGGUUUGAAAGUGAUUCUAACCCUCGAUGGCGCUCCAACGACAUGGAUGACGUCAACGCCGCGUUCUUGGACAACCUCAUACUUACGCAAAUGGCAAGAGACGCCCAAAGGCGCCGUGAAAAUGCUCGGGCUGCUUUUUCGAAUAUGGACUACGACGACAAAGACAAUGAAGACAAAGAUGUACAAGAACUAAAAGCUUUAGCGGGAAAACCACUUUAUCACGCCCCAAAGUCUGUCCCUAGAAUUGAGGAUGACGAAGAUGAGGACUACGUAGGUGACGAUUCUGACGGUUUUAUUAAUUGGAAUGGAAAUAAACGAAGCCUUACCACUGAAGCACCUGUAUUGAGCACGGAAAGCUCAAUGAUUGAUAAAGUGGGUCAAAAAGAAGUUGUGAUGACUCGCCCUCCUCAACAUGUACGCCAACACUUCAACUUAAAAUUUGACCAAGAAAAACGAAGCUCACCCUUUUACACGACCAUAGCUCGUCUUGUGGAUAAUGCAAAACAUGAAUCAUCGAAACCGAGAAGAAUCGAUAAACGCUUCGUAGCUAGUGAUUCCGAUCUCGUCGUCGAGCUACGUGGACUUAAACAUCGCAUUGCAACCUAAACUUCUAAAUGAAAAUCGCCAACCAAUAUGAGACUGAAUUACUUUAGCAUAAUAGAUACGUACGACACCAGCGACCUGAUUAUAAUCUUCUAAAAGGCCCAUGAAAAUACCAAAAAAAUAUUAGAUUGUAUAAGUAUUAAGUACGUGUAACAUUGUAAUUAUUUUUUUAGAAAUACUUAUGAUUUUAAUUAUUAGAUUUUUGUUAUGUUUAUUUUAUAAUCGUAGAUGAAUAGGAAAAGGUAAUGUACAAAAAUUGACUAUAAGCUCGUUUAGGAGAGGUUGUUGGAUGUAUAAUAUGAGACAUAUAGUUUUUCACUUCAAUCUCCGUAAGAUACCCUUCACAUGGCAGCUAAUAAUUGCACAAAAACGUGCGUGUAAAUAAAUUAGGUACUGAUUAUCUAAGAAUUAGAUAGAAAGCGUUAUAUUAAAUUCUAAUUUUUGUAUACUAAGUAUUAAUACUUUUUUGAUAUUUUUAUUGCAUAUAAAAUAAUUCAUUUAUGCUUGAACUAUUUACUAAGAACUUGAGACAUCUAAAUGGCGUCCAAUACAGCGCAAAUGCGAUCAUCUAUUUCACUUACGGACAAACGUGGAAAGGAUUUAAUAUUUAUUUUUUAUUAUUUUCUCAAAGAUGUAUAAAGCAUAAGUAUCGUGCUUCGAAUAUAAACUGUUCAUUUGUAUUCCCUAUCCUUAACAAUAUAUAUGUAAUUUCUAAAUAUUUGUUCGUCUUUGCUUAACUUUUAUCUAUGUAUACUCAGAUGCAGGUGCUAAUAACUUAUUUUCAUAUGUACUACGGUCUAAGCGGACAAUACCAGAAAUCUUUUUGCAAAGCAAAACUUUGAAGUGUUAAAAUAUUAUAAACCUUUACUGUAUCUGUAAGAUGAGAGCGAUUCUCUUGAAGUGAAGAGGAUUAGGUGAUAUUUUAGCUUUACAGCUUGUCUAAUAUUUAUAUUACAGCGGGUCUUUAAGACCCUUGUUAAAUGGAAAAAAAAUCUAAAUUUGUUGUAGAAAACUGCAAUCAUGUAUUUCCAGUAUUCCUAACUUGUAAAUACAUUGUCUUUCUCCUAAAACGUAAAUAAGUAAUUUUGUAUCACACUUUUAUAUGUUCUAUUUGUCGUAAAUGACUUAUCUUUCUAAAGUACAUAUCUGAAUUAAUUAAAGUCAAAUUAAUUUUUCAAGUUAAGGCGAAAUAAUCUCAGCCAUGAAUUAGAUUGUAUAGUUAGUAUGAAUUUAGUGUCAUCUAUAAAGAAUUAUACCAGUUCAUGCAAAUGUUACUAGUUCAUUAAAGAAAAUUUGUUAGUAAUUGGGUAAAUGAUAUCUUUCUCAUACUUUUAAUGUAAACAAAAGCCUUUAUGUGUUUAGAUAGAUAAAUAAAUAUGAGUAACAAAACGACGUAGGUCUAUCGAUCGAAUUUUUCGAGUCAAAAGCUCAAUUUAUAAGGUACACGAAUCCUAUUUAAUGAUAUAAUUUAGGAAGUUUCAAUGUCAUUCACAUAUAGGUACUCAAAAAUCUCAAGUGAACGAAGUAUAUACUAAACGUAUGUUAAAGU